UCUCAUUCCUGCAGCAUGAAAAGAAAUGUCUUCAUGAUGAAAUCUCAAAAUGCAGGAUGAUUGAGAGAUAAAGGAAGAGAAAUGUGAGGAGUCAGAAAAGGUGAAGACUAAAAGAAGAACAGAGUAUCAGCAUGUCAACCACCUCCACCACGGUGGAUGUUGCCCUCAAUCCACACAGGAGAUGGAGCAUAGAACAACCUCCUUAUAUGAGGAUUGUUCUCCUGGGUUCGAGCGUGUCAGAAAACAGUCUUGUGGGAAACUUCAUAUUAGGGCGAGCAGCGUUUGACAAUGAAGCUCUUCCAGAUGUUGUAGAGAGAAUUGGAGGAAGACUGAAAAACAGACACAUAACUGUCAUCAACAGUCCUCAGCUGCUCCAGACAAACAUCUCAAACGAUCAAAUCACACAGAGAGCGAGAGAGUGUGUGAAUCUGUCUGAUCCGGGACCUCAUGUGAUUGUUUUGCUCCUCAAACAUGAGCAGUAUUCAGCAGAAGAUCAGGAGUGUGUGGAGAAGGUACUGCACUCUUUCUCUGAGCGGGUUUAUCAACACACCAUGGUGCUCAGCACUCAAGAUCCCGCCGAAACCAACAUCAUCAUACAAAAAACCAUUCAGAAAUGCUUCAACAGACACUUCAGUCUUCAGAAAAACAAUUCUGUUGAUGAUCUACUGCAGAUGUUUGAUGAUAUUGUGCAAAUUAAUUAUGGACGGCACCUGGAUUCUCCUGAAGCUUUACAGUAUUUCACAGUGGAGCAACAGGCCAGAGAAAGAUUUUCAGACAGUUUGAAGCUGAAUCUGCUUGUGUGUGGGAGCAAUGCAACAUUGAAAUCCUCCAUAUCAGACCAAAUCAUGCAGCAGUCCGACAGAAGAUCAGACGUGGAGCUCUAUGGACAUCUGAUUAGUCUGGUGGAGCUUCCAGUUCUGAUUCGGGUCUCAGAGGAGGAAGUGAUGCGUCACACUCUCCGAUGUGUGACUCUCUGUCAUCCUGGAGUUCAUGUUUUUCUCCUCAUUAUUUCUGAUGCUCCAUUGACCGAUGAAGACAAAGCAGAAAUGGAGGAGAUCCAGAGGAUCUUCAGAUCAAGAAUCAACAAACACACCAUUAUCCUCAUAAUACAGAGUUCAGAGCAUCAGACAGCAGAACUCAAUGAAGAAACACGGUCUGUCAUUCAGAGUUUUGGAGGACGAUAUUACUUUUUUGGUCCCAAAACCCAAGUGUCCACAUUGAUGGAAAGCAUUGAGCAGAUGCUGGAAGAAAACAGAGGAGAGUUGUUCACCACAGAGAUGUUUCUGGAGGCCCAGAUGAAAAAAAUUAUGAAAUUUGAAGAGAUGAAGAGGAAAAUUGAUUCACUAGAGGCACAUUUACUCUCACAAGGUUCAUUAGAGGGUGAAGAUGAAUUGAGAAUUGCUGUUGGAAAAACCGGAGUUGGGAAGAGUGCAACUGGAAACACAAUCUUGGGAAGAGACGUAUUUAAAUCAGAGCAGUCUUUUGAAUCAGUGACCGGUGAAAGUCAGAGAGAAACAUCCGAAAUCAACAGUCGACAUGUAACUGUCAUUGACACUCCAGGACUGUUUGAUACUAAACUUUCUGCUGAGGAGAUUCAGAGAGAAAUCAGCAACUGCAUCUCAAUGAUCCUGCCUGGACCACAUGUGUUUCUCUUACUGAUUCCACUGGGACGAUUCACUACUCAUGAGGAAACAUCAGUGAAGAUCAUCCAAGAAACAUUUGGAGAGAAAUCAUUAAUGUACACUAUGGUGCUCUUUACCAGAGGAGAUGAUCUGAAGAACAAAUCUAUUGAACAGUGUUUGGGAAAACCUGGAUCUCCUUUGAUGAAGCUGAUUAAAGCUUGUGGAAACAGAUACCAUGUGUUUAAUAAUAACCAGACUGCAGAUCGAACACAGGUGUCUGAUCUACUGGAGAAGAUAGACAACAUGGUGAAAGAAAAUGGAGGGAGUUACUACUCAUGUAAGAUGUUCAGAAAAAUGGAAAGAGAAAAACAAGAGCAACAGAUGAAGAGCAUUACGGAGAGAGUCAGAGAAAGAGAAGAACUGUUGGAUAAACUAGAAGCUGAGAAAGAGAGAAUGAAGAUGAUGAUGGAGGAAGAACUAAAGAAUCAGGAAGAAGAGAGAAAGAGAAGAGAAGAAGAGCUCAAAAAAGAAAUAAGAGAACAAGAGAAACAUCAGAAAGAGACACGAGAAGAGAUGAGGCUAGAACGAGAGACAUUUAGACAUGAAAUACAGGAAAUGAGACAAGAAAAAGAUCAAAUAAAAACAGAAAACCAAAAUCUUAAAACUGAAUAUAAUACAGAAAUAGAUAGACUGAAGAACAUAAUAGAGAAUGAGAGGAAGAAAAAAGAAGAGGAAUAUAAUGAAAGAGAAUUACGAUAUAAAACACAGAUAAAAGAGAAAGAAAGAGAGAUGAAAGAGGAGAUUAAGAGAGAAAGAGAGGAAUGGGAGAAACAGAAACUAGAGGAAACAAUGAGAACAGAAGUUGAAAAUGAGAAAAGAAGAGAAAAAGAAAAACAGAUUUCUGAUCAGCAGAUUCAGGGGCUGACGAGUGAAAUGGAGGGAUUAAUCCGAGAGAAAGAGGUAAACGAAAGACAGAUACAAGAGCAACUAGAGGAAUUAGAAAAGAGACUGAAAGAAGAUGGACAAAAGACUCUUGAGGUGAAACUAAAACUCGUUGAAGGGCAAAAUGAAGAAGAACUAAAGAGAAGACAAGCAGAGUGGAGGGAAGAAUAUGAAAGAGAGAAAGAAGAGAUGAUCAAAAAGACCUGCUCUGAAGAUAAUCAUUUAUUCAAGCCCUACAGGAAAUUAGAGAGCGAAUACAGCAAGUGGACCUGGAGUCUUCGUAGAGCCAUGAUGGAAACUGAGAACAAGCUACACAACCAAAUAGAAAAUGAAGCUAUUAAUGAGGUUAAGGAAUCUGAUCUUCACAGAGAAAUAAAGGAGACAAGUGACAAAGUAAAAAAAAUAAUGUCAGAGUUCUUUGAGAAAGACACAGAAAAAGAUUUAGUGAUUCAGUGGAAAACAUCAUUUAAAAUCAAAAUAGAAGAAUUUCAGAAAAACAUUGUGAGACAAACUAAGAGGAAAUUAAACGAGGUUCUUCAGCAGCGAGACCUGAAGAGAAAGACUGAUGCUCAGAGGAAAUUUGAAAAUACUCUCUAUGAAAAUAUCAAAGAACUUGCCUUAAAAUUCAAAGACAAAGCAAACGAUGAAGAAACACUGAAGAAAGGUUUUGAUUUGUUUUGGAAACAAAGUGUGGAGAAAAUCAUAACAGAAACUCCUCUAAUCAGAGAUAUUGACAUAAUGAGAGAUGUGAGAGAGAUCCUCAGUGACAUGUAUCUGGGAUGUUUAUCGGCAGACCAUAAAAAUGAUAGUGGGUACAAUAAUAUUUUCUCAGUGCCAAGUUAUUCUGAUUAUGUUUAUUUCAGAAAGUCCACAAAUAGUGGUAUCAGAGAGGCUGUAAAGGAUGCAUACAGGGCAGUUAAAGAAGCAUUAGGAUCUGCUGAAACUUUGUCUCCAGAAGAAGAAACCCAAAUAAGAUUAUUAGUCACAGAUGUUACUCAGCAGACAGACAAAAUGAUUGAGUUACUUAACAUUUCAAAGAUGGGUUACAACUUAAACUGCAUUCAAAAACACAUAAGUCGUAUCAAGGCAAGAGUAAGAGAACAUCAGGAGGAACCAGUGAAAUAUGUGUUCAAGAAUGAAUUCUUCAUUGAUUUGGUUUAUUCCAUCUAUAAGAGAGCAAACAAGAAGAUCACUGACCAACACAGACUGUUUAGGGAAGCCAAUGAUCCUGUAAUAUAUGUUGAGAAGAAGAGAGACGAGUACUACAGUAUUUUCCAGAAAUACUGUCAUGGAGCCACAUCAGCCAUUAUUUUUGGUGAUAUCAUAUGUCACAAACUCAAAGAGCCCAUUAAGCAGAGUGUCUACAAGAAGACUGCCAAAGAUCUGGUAGAUGAAAUAAGAUCAAACUGUGAAUCACUAAAUGGAAACAGAUCAAAUUUAGAGAAACACAUCCUAAAGACACUGGCCAAACAUGAACAAUUUAUUUUGUACAUGGACUACAUUAAAUUUCCCAGAGAUCACUUCAAGAGUUUCAUCAGAGAUGAAGUCAAUCAGUACAUCACUGAUAAGUUCAGUGUCAGCGUUUUACCAAAGAUGAAGAACAACAUUGAACUCCUGCAGCAGAAAAUCAUGAAUGCAGCUCAUGAAUCUACUGAACAUGUUCAACUGAACAGAGGAGAUGUUGGUUUGUGGUUAAAGAGUUUUACACAGAAGAUCUCAGACGAGAUAAUCUUCUCUGAAAAAGAUCUCAAUGGAGUCAAACAGGAUGAUGUUGACAAUUUCAAACUGUUGGAAGAUGUAAUAAGACAAGAACUUCUUGGUAUAAUGACUAACAUCAGCAAUGGAUUCAACACAAAGACAUUUCCAGUAAAUCUUGACCUGAAGUUCAGACCAGAUGAACUUCUGGUUGAUCACCUCUGUCAGUGCUGUUGGGUUCAGUGUCCAAUCUGUAAAGCCACCUGCACCAACACCACAGAGAACCAUGAUGGGGACCACAGUGUGGCUUUUCACAGAGUGACUGGAAUUAAUGGCACCUUUUACCAUUUAACACAAAAUCUCUGUGUUGAUAUUUGCGCAAACAUAGUAGCAAAUAAUCUGAAUUUUAAUACACCAGAUGGAGGAAUUGUUUGGAAGAAAAUUAAAAUAGCAGGGCCUCAAAAUGCCACCUGGAGCAUUACCCCUGACCUCUCUGAACUACUCUACUGGAAGUGGUUUGUUUGCAGAUUCCAGCAAGAUCUGGAGAAAUACCAUAAUAAAAUUUUUGAGGGGAAGGGUAAGAUACCAGAGGAAUGGAAAACGUUCACAAAUCAGGAUGCUAUUAAAAGUUUGGACAUGUAUUAGAUCAGCGGUAUUCAACUCCAGCCCUCGGGGUCCACCGCUCUGCACAUUUUAUUUUUCUCUUAACUGACAAACUCAGUUCAGUUCAUGGAUCUCUCUCAUAAUGAGCUGAUGAUCUGACUUAGGUGCAUUAGAUAAGAUACUCAUACAAAAUGUGCAGAGCGGUGAAAAUGUAUUAGAUAACACACAAGAGCCAAUAGCAUUUCACAACCAUCAAUGAUGUAAGGCUUUUUUUAAAUUUGACAGCAUUUUUUUUUUUUUCGAGCACAGACACACAUUUUAUGUGUGGAGAUGGUGAUUGAGUUUAUUCCUGUCACAAAUGAAGAAAUAAAUUAUGACAUUAGUUGUAUCUGCCUGUUGACAAAUGGUAUGUUUGGGGGCAGGGGUUCAGUUAGAUGUUCAUACUGUUUACAUUGAAAAAUCGCACCGCAACAUAUACGCAAUAAUGUCAAUAUUAUUACCCAAUAUAUAAUGUAAUCCUGACGAUAAUAUUCGAGUCAGCAUAUUGAAGCUAAGGGGGUACAUACUGUACGUACAAGGCAUAAAAUUAAUCUAAAGGGUCCUUGAGAGUCAAAAAGCGACGUUAAGUGGUCCCAACAAUGCUUCAGUAUAUGACGAGAUGGGUGUGAGAAUGUGUUGCUCACGAAAACUUCAAAAAGAAAACUUGUGUCUUGGUUAUUGGUGCAACCCUCAUGCCCUAAAGAAGGAAACGCAAAUCUUACGUCCCUCUUGCAACAAUUUUGAUCUGCCCUGAAUGCUGGGUUGUGUCUUGACUCCUCAGAGUGGUUGCAUCCCACCAUCUUAUAUACAGGAGGGUGGCUUGGCAUUCAAUUCAAUUCACUUGCGAAUUUUCAUUGGUCUCUUCUUAAACUAAGAGGUUAUCGGGUUCCCCAUGACAUCAGUUGGCGUAAUGAGGGCUUCACAAGAAACCGAGACAUACUUUUACAUUUGUUACAUUGUAACAACACAGAGUGGGUGGAAAACAAUUUAGGCUACCAUUUAAAUAUGUCGAAGGAUAGUGUUUAACUGAACACGAUCGUAUUGUCUUUGAGCUACUGGCAUAUGGACAUUACUUUAUUGCCAGAAGAUGGUCUUCCCAGUGAGGUCAAGCUACCUCUGGCUGUUUAAAGAAUGUUUGUAACCCUAAAGCACAAAUCCAGUCAGUCAUAAGCAGCACAGGUAUAUUUGUAGCAAUAUCCAACAAUAUAUUGUAUGCGUCAAAAUUAUCUAUUUUUCUUUUAGGCCAAAAAUCAUUAGCAUAUUAAGUAAAGGUCAUGUUCAAUGAAGAUAUUUUGUACAUUUCCUUCAAUUAAAUUGAUUUAUUUUUUAUUAGUAAUGCACAUGGCUAAGAACAUUUGAACAACUUUAAAGACAAUUUUGAUGUAUUAUUUUUGGCACCCUCAGAUACCAGUGCCCUCAUUUAUCAACAGUACAUAGAAAAGGUUGUUAUAUUUUACACAAAUAGUUUGCUUAGUUUUGAGAAUUUUAUAAUUUUGUCUCUUAUUAAAAUAAGGUAACACU